CGCGCGUUCAGGGAUACAUUUGGCGCCACAGACGCAACACUGCCACUGUAGAAGUGAGAUUGUCCUCUCUGAGUUAAAACAUACAUUUUCACCCUACAUAGCUAUAAACUCAGCUUCAACAUGCUGACAAAUGGAGCGAUAGAGGCCCUAACCAAAGGCUCUAAUGAUUUACAAAACCCCAUACUUCAAUUAGUGAACAUCCGUAAAAUUGAUGGAGGCAGUGGACCAACCCGCUUUCGUCUGAUGAUGAGUGAUGGACAGCACUCAAUGUCCUCGUUCAUGCUCUCCACCCAGCUCAACCCAAUGGCCGAGGACAACCGACUGGCCCCAAACUGUAUCUGUCAGCUGAAGAGGAACGUGACCAAUGUCUUAAAGGAUGGACGGCGUGUGGUGAUCAUACUGGACAUGGAGGUGGUGACGUCUGCUGAUAAGGUCGCUGGAAAGAUCGGAGAGCCCCAGCCUUACGUGGAAGGUCAGAGUAAAGCCCCACAGUCAGCCUCCAAUCCCUCAGUCCACCCCCUGCAACCCCAGAAUGGAAUUGAUGGCUCCAUGUACAAAGGUCCCAGCAGAGAGUUUGGGGGGAAGAAGUGCAUGCCUCCGUCUGCAUUGCCCAGCACUCCUGGGGGAUCCGCCAAAGUCGUGCCCAUCGCCAGCCUCAACCCCUACCAGUCAAAGUGGACCAUCCGAGCCCGUGUCACCAACAAGAGCGGCAUCCGCACCUGGAGCAACUCUCGUGGUGACGGCAAGCUGUUCUCUAUGGAGAUUGUGGAUGAGAGUGGAGAGAUCAGAGUGACUGCCUUUACCCAGGAGGUGGACAAAUUCUACAGCAUCAUCGAGACUGGCAAGGUGUUCUACAUCUCCAAGGGAUCCCUGAAGAUCGCCAACAAGCAGUACUCAUCCCUGAAGAAUGACUAUGAGAUGACCUUGAAUGGAGAGUCCACCAUCAUCCCCUGUGAAGACACCCAGGACGUACCCAUGGUGCAGUGCAACUUCGUCUCCAUCGCCGACCUGCAGGCCCGUGAAAAGGACACCAUUUUGGAUGUGAUUGGAGUGUGCAAGAGCGUGUCCGACGUGACCCGCCUCAACACCAAGAACAACCGUGAGGUCUCCAAGAGGACGCUCAACCUGAUGGACCAGUCUGGUAAACUGGUCGAGGUCACCCUGUGGGGAGAGGAGGCAGAGAACUUUGAUGGCUCUGGGCAGCCCAUCCUGGCCAUCAAAGGGGCCAAGCUGUCGGACUAUGGGGGCAGAUCUCUAUCUGCUUCGUUCAGCAGCACCGUCAUGGUCAACCCCGACAUCCCUGAGGCAUACAAGCUGCGGGGCUGGUAUGACAAGGAGGGCCACUCUAUGGAUGGCCAGUCUCUGACGGAGGCGAGGACAGGUGGGGGAGGAGGAGGGAACACCAACUGGAAGACCCUGGCUGACAUCAAGACGGAGCACCUUGGACACGGAGACAAGGCAGACUACUUCAGCUGCAUCGCCACCAUAGUGUACAUCCGUAAGGAGAACUGUCUGUACCAGGCGUGCCCUAGUCAGGACUGCAAUAAGAAGGUGGUGGACCAGCAGAACGGCAUGUUCCGCUGUGAGAAGUGUGACAAAGAGUUCCCCAACUUCAAGUACCGACUCAUCCUCUCUGCCAACAUAGCAGACUACGGGGACAACCAGUGGGUGACCUGCUUUCAGGAGAGUGCUGAAGCCAUCUUGGGACAGAACGCUGCUUACCUAGGGCAGCUCAAGGACUCGAAUGAAGCUGCCUUCGAGGAGAUCUUUCAGCAGGCCAACUUCCACACGUUCGUUUUCCGUAACAGAGUCAAGCUGGAGACCUACAAUGACGAGUCCCGGAUCAAGGCCACGGUGAUGGAGGUGAAACCUGUGGACCACAAGGAGUACAGCAAGAGACUCAUCAUGAACAUCAGGAAGAUGGCUUCCGCCCAAUAAGAACGCUCGCUUUGCCCCCUCGGCUACAUUCAAGCUUCGCCCCCUGAUCUGCAGCCGCAGCACUUCCCAACCUGCCAGACUGACUGUGAACCAGUCCUAGGUUUCAUCCCAAAUGUCACCCUAUACCCUAUGUAGUGCACUUCUUUUAACCUCUGUAAGUCACUGAACUUUGAAUAUGUUAACUAUGCUGAAUGUACUGGAAGUUUUGUUUUGUCUUCUUGGCCCAACCAGUAAUCUAGAGAGAGUGCUGCUGGGGCAGUAUUAUAUCUUUCUGUGUUAUGGUGAUGGGUGGGGGGUGACUUCCGAAACUGCUGACAUUUUGGGUGGUGGAUAAAAUGGAGGGAGGGAUGGGAUGGUGCCUGGGAUGGGACAGUCUUAACCACAGAAAUCAUAGCUGUGUGGUCUGUCUUAAGUCAGCUAUUAUUGCAUGGGUGUUUUGUAUACGCAGAGGGGUCUGUACUGUAACUAGCGCUCUCUGUCACUCGCUCCCACCAUCACUAUGCCUACCCUACCCAUCCCUGAUAAGAGCAGCGAUUUUCUAACUCUCACACACAGAGCAGGCAGGAUACGGGAAAUGCGCUGUACUGUAUUUAUGUAGAUACAUGGUUUCAUUUUUGUAAUUAUUUUCAGUACCUCUUAAGUUAGAAUAUUUCAGACAGCAAUAAUUGGCAUUUUUCUUUACAUCUAUUUGGUCAAUUGAUUACAUAAAAAUAAACCUGUAUUUUGAUCAAAAGUGAA